GACUCCCAUUGGCUGAAAGACAUAAUUAAAUGAGGGAGUAAUUUGAUUAUUGGGGGACAGGAUUUUAAAGGAAAUUGGAGUUAUUGCUUUGAUUUCGAGGGGUUGGAGUCAAUUGCGAAGAUUUUCUCGUCCUCGGGUAGUUAUUCUCGCGAAAAAUUGAGUGAUUUCUUUUCGUCCUUUUUGGCAUUUUGCUUUUGAGGUUGGAAAAUGGGUUCUGUGGGGCUUCAAUUUGCUGGAUUGCAAUCGCUUUUCAAACACAUCUCCUGCAGAAUGUUGGGGAUUGGAGGGAUUAGAACCUACAGUGUGUUCCAUCCCCAUCACAUCAAACCCACAUUUAGAAAAGAUGAACAAGAACGACUGGAACAAAGUGGAGAACUCGCAAAAAUUGCUCACAUGCCAAUUUUGCCCCCCAUGAAAGCAGAAACUUGUUCGGAAUUUUUCGAUCCUGUCGUGGACAAAUUCAUUAAUUAUGUUUUACGACGGGGGAAAAAAGAGCUCGCCAGAAGUCUCGUGGAGGAGACAUUCGAAAAAAUAAAACGAAUUCAGUUAGAGAGAUAUCACAAAGCAAAACCUGAAGAACGAGUAAAUAUUGUUCUGAAUCCCAAAGAAAUUCUUCAUACUGCUGUCAUUAAUUGCACCCCUGUUAUGGAGCUCAUGCCGAUGAAGAAAGGAGGAUCGACGUAUCGAGUGCCCAUACCAGUUCUGGAACGACGUCAAAGGUUUUUAUCAAUGAAUUGGAUAAUUCAAGCUGCCCAAGAUAAAGAGGGUUCCAUUCCUUUCUCAACACAAUUGGCUAAAGAACUCAUUGAUGCAGCACACAAUCAGGGACGUGUGGUGAAGAAAAAACAAGAUCUUCAUAAACAAUGCGAGGCAAAUCGUGCUUAUGCCCAUUUCAGAUGGUCUGGUUAAUACAAUCUCUGGAAAUUGUGGAUAUGAACUGUAAAUAAAUGAAAUCUUUUGAA